AGAGGGCUACACUUGAGCGGAGGGGAGUCGAGGAAGGAACAACUUAGUGCGGAAUUGGCAUGAGUUGACCUUUGACCCCGCUGACCGCGGCUUCGCUGACCCAGCCAUGCCCCCUCGCCGGCCGCCCGAGCUCUACCGGGCUCCGUUCCCGCUCUAUGCCCUGCGCAUACACCGUGAAGCUGGCUUGGCGCUGAUCGCGGGGGGAGGCGGCGCUGCCAAGACGGGGAUCACGAACGGCCUGCAUUUCUUGCAGCUGGAUUGGAGAGAAGGCAAAUUAUCUGCCUCACUGCUGCAUGCUCAUGACACAGAGACCCGGGCCACCAUGACUAUGGCGCUGGCAGGAAAUGUCAUUGCUGCAGGGCAGGAUGCUACUUGCCACAUCUUGAGUUUCCGCCUCUUUAAAUCCGGACAGAAAACAGAUGGCAACAGCGGCGAUAGCGCUCCCAAUAAAGCAGGUGCUGGUGAUAAGGAUCUGCGGAGGCGCAAGGCCCCCAUCCCCAGUGAGAAAAGCAAUGGCAGCAUGCAUAGUGAGAUGAAGGAGGUGGCGGUGGAAACCUUGCACUGUGUCCAGACAGACACCAGCCCAGAUGCCUUGCAGAAAGCUGUGUGCUUCAGUGAUGAUUAUACACUCCUGGCUACUGGUGGUGUGGAUGGAUUCCUACGAGUUUGGGAGUUUCCCAGUAUGAAGAAAACUCUUGAAUUCCAGGCACACAAUGGCGAGAUAGAGGAUAUAGCUCUGAGUCCUGAUAACAAGGUGGUGACGGUGGGACGGGACUUUCAGUGCUGUGUGUGGCAACGAGAUCAGAUGGUGACAGGUCUGCGUUGGAAUGAGAAUCUUCCAGGCAUCCCUGACAAGGCCUACCGCUACCAGUCUUGCAGAUUUGGUACAGUUGAAGAUCAAGCCAAGGCACUGCGACUGUACACUGUGCAGAUCCCCUACAAGCGUGAGCGACGUCCACUUCCCUGCUACAUCACCAAGUGGGAUGGACAUAGUUUCUUGCCCCUGCUCACCCGUCCCUGUGGCAAUGAGGUCAUUUCCUGCCUCUCUGUCAGUGAGACAGGCACGUUCCUGGGUUUGGGCACUGUCACAGGCUCGGUUGCCAUCUUCGUCGCCUUUUCUUUGCAGAGGCUGUACUAUGUACGGGAAGCACAUGGCAUAGUGGUCACCGCUGUGGCCUUCCUGCCUGAGACUCCUGAACUGCUCAAGAGCAAUGAGGCAGCCCUGCUAAGCGUGGCGGUUGACAGCCGCUGCCGCCUGCACCAGAUUGCCUGCCGGCGGAGUUUCCCCAUCUGGCUGCUGCUGCUCUUCUGUGCUGGGCUGAUUGUGGGCACAGUCCUGUUACUACAGUCGGCCUUCCCAGGCUUCCUCUAACCUUUCUUCAUGGUGAGGCUCCUGGAAAGCUUGGACCUUCUCUGCCCUUUCUGUAAGGGACGCAUCUUCUCCUUUCUAACCCGAAAGACUGGAGGGAACUCAGAAGCCAGGGCAAGGGUUGCCCUAGCAGAGUGAGUGGUCAGGUGGACUUGGCCAAGCUGGAGGCCGCACCUCACGUUGAUCAAGUUUUGGCCUUGAACUCUUCUUGUCUAACCCCAUUACCCUGAGUGGGGAUGGAGGAACGAUCCUUCUCCAUUUUUGACUGAUCUGCGAGAAACAUUCCAGUUUUGUUUUUCUGAGCAGAGGUUUCCUGUUUAAGUGCAGGGCUUGAACACCUUGAUUAUUAAACACAAUGAUGGAGCAGAA